GGUGGGGUUGGGCGGGGAGGGGAGACCGCUGAGGGCAGCGCGGCCAGCUCUGGGCCAGGGGGUCCAAAGUGCUCGGCCCCAGGGCACAGCCGGACGCUUGGGGCCUUCUUUCGGCAGGGGACAGCCUGACUGGGGACAAUGGCAUCUCUCAGCCACAUCUUGGUUCUUUGUGUGGGUCUCCUCGCCAUGGUCAACGCAGAAGCGCCACAGGAACACGACCCAUUCACCUAUGACUACCAAUCCCUGCGGAUCGGAGGCCUCAUCAUCGCCGGGAUCCUUUUCAUCCUGGGCAUACUCAUCAUCUUGAGCAGAAGAUGCCGGUGCAAAUUCAACCAGCAGCAGAGGACUGGGGAACCUGAUGAAGAGGAGGGAACUUUCCGCAGCUCAAUCCGCCGUCUGUCCACCCGCAGGCGGUAGAGACACCUGGUGCGAUGGAACCCAGCCAGGUCCUGCAGCUCUGACUAGGCUGGAGGAGGGAGGGGGGAGGAGGAGGGGGCGAAGGGCUGGGAUAGGGGGCUUGGAGGGCUCUCCUGCCUCUUACCCUUUUCACCCACACAGAAUUCCCCUGGCACCUGACGCCUCCCACCCACCUUCCGCGCGCCCACCUCCAUCUGGACUGUCCUCUUCCCCAGCCCUGCCCCCACAGACUCCUCUCUGCCGCUCAGAUUUCCAAUAAAACGUGCUUUUCUGUCUUGA